AACAUCCUGCUAGAAAACAAAAUGGAAGCUUGUUUUGCUGUUGAGAAGGAACUAGAAAAAUUAUUUGAAAAAUACACAUCUGCUCAUGAACGCGGACAACAAACACUUGAUGAAUUUAUGUUGUCUUUGAAAAAUUUUAACGCUGAACUCCAUCAACGACCCCAAGAUGAAUUAGCAUCAGAUGGUAUAAAAGCAGCAGUUCUAGAUUUUACCAACAGAGGAAGAAUAGUAACCAACAGUGUCAGCACAUUUCACAAAGAUCUUCAUGGAUCAGUCUCAAAACUUGGCAAAACUAUAGAUAGGAAUUUCACUUCAGAUUUUUCUGCAGUAGUUACAGAUGGUGCCUUUGAUGGGGAGUGGAGACAAAGGCUCUUGAAUGAAGUUAUAUGUGAACAUUUUCUCAGACAGGGCAUGCUAGAUAUAGCAGAAUGUUUAAAUCAGGAUGCAAACUUGGAGCUGUCACAAGAAAGAAAAGAGCCGUUUUUAGAGCUCCAUAGAAUACUGGAAGCCUUACGCCUACAUAAUUUGGAGCCAGCUUUAGAAUGGGCAGAACAAAACAGAGAAAACCUUGCCAAGAGAAACUCACCUUUAGAAUUCAAACUUCAUCGUUUAAGAUUUAUUGAGUUGAUUAAGUUUGGGUCCAUGAAGCAAAAGGAAGUCUUACAGUAUGCUCGAAAGCUGGCCCCAUUCGCAGAUAUGCACACAAGAGACAUGCAGCUUCUAAUGGGAUCUCUGCUGUACCUGAAUAAAGGAAUAGCCAACUCUACAUAUUCAUUUCUGUUUGAAGACUCCAGCUGGGCAGAAAUCUGUGACAUAUUCACUCGAGAUGCUUGUGGACUUCUCGGCCUUUCUGUGGAAAGUCCUCUCAGUGUUGGAAUAAAUGCUGGCUGUAAAGCAUUACCACCAUUGUUAUCAAUUCGCCAAGUCAUGCAGUCAAGACAGGUUGCUGGUGUUUGGAGCAGCAAGGAGGAAUUACCAGUUGAAAUUGAUCUCGGGCAAGAUUACAGAUUCCACUCAAUUUUUGCUUGUCCUAUUCUCCGUCAACAAAGUACAGAACAGAAUCCACCAAUGAGAUUGACCUGUGGUCAUGUUAUUUCUAAAGAUGCCUUGCAUAAAUUAGUUGUGGGAAACAGCAACAGAUUUAAGUGCCCAUACUGCCCAGUAGAGAUGACAACAUCAGAAACAAAGCAGAUAUACUUUUGAUGUACAUUUCUUGGAUAUUGUUUGAUACUUGAAAAGUUUUAGAGUGUACAAAAUUCAGACUAACUCAUGCCUGGCAAGUCAUUCACUUAUUUCAGCUUUUAAUGCUACUUUCUCACUCGGUACCAACAGGUUGGAUUGAAAUGUAAUUGCAAGCAGAAGUAUUGUCUUGAAGGCUAUCAUAAAAUAGUAGGUACAAACUGAUCUAGAUUCAAGCAUAAGGUUAUCUCUACCAGGACUUGUACUGUCAUCAGUUUUACACAUUUAUAAUUCAUUUUCUACAUACUCCUCACACCCUAGUGAGUUACUCAUAUUGAAAUGUUUUGAAAACAAGACAAGGCUUUAAAAUUCAAAGCUUGCGUAAAACUAAAUUUAGGGUUACAAAUGUAGCUCUGCCAUGGCUGUGUAUUUGGCGCCUUUAAUGUUUAUCAACUGUUUACAUUAAAUAUCUGCCGUUUCUAUAUUUCUUCAUUUUAAUUCAAGGCUACAGAGUUUUGCAAUGUAACUGACAUGUAAAUUUACUUCUAAGCAGACUAUUUAUUGCUAUAGUAAGGAUUGAUUUGUCAUGGCUGCACUACCCUCAUUAGUCUGAUCACUCUCCGAUGCUUAGAGUGUGCCCAAAAAGAGUAAGCCCCAUAUCCCAGUGAAGUCAGCAAUCAUAUCACAUGAUGUUAAAGAAACUCCUCCCCCAGUCAAUGUGAGACAACUCAAUAUCUGAUUGAUUUAAACACUAGUGCUGUGAACAAUGCAUAUCAGAGUUUCAUGUAGUGAAAUUUAUUAUUGGGAAAAUCUUAUAUGUUUCAUAUAAGUUAAUGAGAAUUGUACUAAUAGCUGUAUUUAACUCAGUUUAAAAAAAUUAAUUUUCAGUCAGUAUUUUAUGCAUUAUUUUAUCAUAAACUUCUAAUUGAUUCUCAUAAUUAUCUGACCAAGUGAUUUUUUUUUACUACUACCUACUGUCACAAUAAUUUGGUUAGUGAAUGUAAAUCGUAAGUUUGCUCUUGAUUUCUUUCACAGCCCUCCUCCCCUCACCCCACUCAUUCAGUAUAUCUGAGAAAUGUUCAUGUAGUGAGAUCUCAAAGUCUGGUUUAAUGGCUUAAAACUGGAGAUAUGUAAUACUAGUUUUAUUCCUUUCUAAACUUUAAAUUCUAGAUCUCAAAUUGAAUUUAUUUGAAUGAUAUAUUUUACAGUGUUAUACUUAAAUCUUUUGUGUCACAAUACAUUUGAAUUAAUGACACGUUAGAGAAAUUCUGAUCAAGAUUUUGUAUGUACAGAUGUAAAAGUAUUAAAAGUCUCAUUUGAACUGGUGAUCUGAAAUUAAACUCCAAUGCCUGGCGAUAACAUAAUACCUCUUUGUAAACUGUCACAGUCUGAAGCUGAGAAAUAAAAAAAAAAAUCUCGGCUUUCAGAUGAGAGCAGCUAAUAUGCGCCAGCAUAUUCAGGUUGUUAAUGAUAGACUUAUUUCAUAAUAUAUGCCGGUUUGGUUUACAGGUCUAUACUUUUUAAAACAUUGCUGUGGUUAGCCCAUGUUAAUAUUGUACAAUAGAGUGCUAUGUAUUUAUUUUUAUGUAUGUCCGAUGUAAUUUUUAGACUUGCCUGUUUCAUUUGCUUUGUCACACAGAUUUAGCUGUAAUUACACAGUUAUUUAGAGGAAAGCACAUUUAUAAAAGUCAUUUCUCAAAAUGUUCUUUAUAAUUUUUGGUUGACUCUAUGACAAAAGUAAGAAGUAUUUAAACCAUUAGCCCUGAGCCAUUCCAUGAAAUUUAAACUGAUAUUGUGUGCAAUGAUUUUUUUCGGUUGUUUUUUUUUGUUUUUCUAAUAUCACUCUAAUUACUAUUAAGCUGCUCUAGUCCUAAGUUCACCUGAUUACUUUUGUCUAUCUAUCCCAGUGGUUCUCAACCUUUUUGGGGGUGCUGAACACCACCAUAUGCGCAUUUACCGUACCCUCUUAAUAGUUCUGUUGUCUGCACUGACAAAAUCUGAUUGUGAAUCAUUUUAAUCAUAUGAGUCUUGACCUCUGUCAAAGCCCUGAGGCUGACUGAACCCCUGGUUAAGAGCCACUGAUCUAUCCACUCUGCUUGUCUUCCUUUUGUUCCUUACUGUUUUCAUGUCAGUUCUUGUACUUGUUAUCUUUUCUGUUCCCCUAUCAUUACUUGUUAAAUCUUUUCUGUUCCCUUAUCUGUACUUGUUAAAUCUUUUCUGUUCCCUUAUCUGUACUUGUUAAAUCUUUUCUGUUCCCUUAUCUGUACUUGUUAAAUCUUUUCUGUUCCCUUAUAUAAAAUCUUUUCUGUUCCCUUAUCUGUACUUGUUAAAUCUUUUCUGUUCCCCUAU